AUGUCGUACGGGAUAUCAUCGCUUCACGCCAGCACUGACUGGUUCCCUAGGCACUUUGCUGUGCUGGAGGACUUGUCGAGGUCAGAGCGUGCAAGUACCCAUUGGAGCCAUCUCAAUUCACGCCCAUCUCAAUAUCUUCGCCGCAGCGAAAGACCGGCGGCCGACCUCAUGACCGACGAGACUGUGGGCAUGAGAGGAAGUAUCAACGACGAUCAAGCUUUAGACACGGAACCUUCUUGA